AUGGCCGACAUCCUCACCCAACUGCAAACAUGCCUAGACCAACUCGCAACCCAAUUCUACGCAACCCUAGGCUACCUAACAACCUACCACGACAACACGCCCGCCACUCCACCCCCCAACGAACCCACCUCCGCGCCCGCCCUCGCCAAAAUGCCCCGAAACUCAACGGCGCCCCCAGCCCCCGCCUCCGCCCCAGCAGCAGCCGUAACAGCAAACGCCGCCACGCAAGGCUCCCCCCGCCCCAGCCCCAACAACCCUCCACCACCACCAACCCGGACGGCACAGUAA